GACCGGGGGGGGGGAGACAGAGAGAGCGAGAGAGAGAGCGAGAGAGAGACAGAGGGGAAGAGAGAGAGAGGGAGAGAAGCGCGACGCCAGCCAGCAGCGCUGAGAGGAGACUCGGUAGAGCGAGCGUCAGGGUCCGUGUACCUGAGGACGACAAGGAGAGGGGACGGACUGACGGACCGAGCGAUCGUCCGACAGCGGACUGAUUGAAUGAAGCUGCGGCUGGUGCUUCUGAGGGACCCUCCCAUGAUUUGAUCUGCUCCAUUCUCUUCCUUGUAAGCCCCGGUCCCACUGAGCUGCUCUCAGCCAUGCCGUCCAACAGCCCCGCAGCUGCCGAACCGCCAGUGACCCCGGAAAACGACAUUGCCAACGAUGUGAAUGAAGACGGAGCAGACCAUGACAGUCCAGAGGAGGGGACACCGGCGAGCCCCCGCACCAAGCGCAGAGUGGGCCGUCCCGGCAGGAAACGCAAGCAGCUGCUUCCUGAGACGGCGACCUCUGACCCCUGUGUAAUCGCCCCCCCAACCCCGCCGGAGGAGCCGGAGCCCUCCCCCUCCCCUCGCAAGAAGCGCGGGCGUCGGAAACUAGUGCAAACCGAGAAGAAUAAGGACGAGCACGACGACAGAAACUACGACUCCCCAAAAGAGGGGGAGACUGGCAGGCUGCGGAGGAGGCCGGUCCCCAGAGUGACGUUCCAGGCCGGAGAUCCGUACUACAUCAGCAGGAGGCAGAGAGAAGAAUGGCUCAGCCGCUGGAAGAUGGAGGCAGAGCGCCGGGCGUACAGAGAGGCGGAGAUGAACAUGAUGGACGAUCUAUCAGAAGGGGACUUUCAGAAAGAGGAGGAGUCAGCCAGCCCAGCCCCUCCCCCUUCACAACAACAAACAGCCCCAGCAUCACCAACAGUUGCCGUGACGCCGGAGCCAGUUGCCAGGGUAGAACGGGCCACCCCGCGGGAGAUAGAGUACCAGGAUGGCAGGGGAUUUGGCAUCGGCGUUCUGGUGUUCGGGAAGCUGCGGGGUUUCUCCUGGUGGCCCGGCAGAAUCGUCUCCUGGUUGAUGAGCGGCCGGAGUCGAGCUGCAGAUGGAACUCGCUGGGUGAUGUGGUUCGGAGACGGAAAGUUCUCUGUGGUUUGUGUGGAGAAGCUGAUGCUUCUGAGCUCUUUCUCACCUGCCUUCCACCAGCCCACCUACAACAAACAGCCCAUGUACCGAAAAGCCAUCUUUGAGGCUCUGCAGGUGGCCAGUGUCCGGGCAGGGAGGCCAAUUCCUUCCUGUGAUGCGAGCGAUGAUGCAGAUGGGGUAGAGAUUCAAACCAGACAGAUAAUAGAGUGGGCCAUGUCCGGCUUCCCACCCAAGGGUCCACAGUCACUGGAGCCUCCGGAGGAGGAACGGAAUCCAUAUAAAGAAGUGUACCCAGAGAUGUGGGCGGAACCGGAGGCAGCGUACACGCCGCCACCCGCCAAGAAGCCCCGUAAGAACUCAGCUGAAAAAGCUAAGAUCAGAGAGGUGAUAGACGAAGGCACCAGAGAGAGACUCAUAUGUGAGGUCAAGAAGAAGACCAGGAACAUAGACGAUAUCUGCAUCUCUUGUGGAAGCCUCAACGUCUCUCUGGAGCAUCCUCUCUUCGGAGGUGCAAUGUGUCAGGGGUGCAAAAACUCGUUCCUGGAGUGCGCCUACCAGUACGACGAUGACGGCUACCAGUCCUACUGCACCAUCUGCUGUGGAGGCAGAGAGGUGCUAAUGUGUGGCAACAACAACUGCUGUAGGUGUUUCUGUGUGGAAUGUGUGGAUCUGUUGGUCGGUCCCGGCUCGGCCGCGACUGCCAUCAAAGAAGACCCCUGGAACUGCUUCAUGUGUGGCCCCCGGAGCAGCUUUGGGUUACUGCGGCGACGCGACGACUGGCCCAGCAGACUACAACACUUCUUCGCCAACAACCACGAGCAGGAUUUUGAGCCAGCCAAGUUGUAUCCUCCAGUUUCAGCAGAGAAGAGAAAACCAAUCAGAGUUCUCUCCCUGUUUGAUGGCAUUGCCACAGGUCUAUUGGUGCUGAAGGAUUUGGGCAUGCAGGUUGACAAGUACGUUGCCUCCGAGGUGUGUGAGGACUCCAUCACUGUCGGCAUGGUGCGACACGAGGGUCGCAUCAUGUAUGUGGGUGACGUACGUAACGUGACACGCAAACUUAUCGAGGAAUGGGGGCCAUUCGACCUGGUGAUUGGAGGAAGCCCCUGCAACGACCUCUCCAUAGUCAACCCUGCAAGGAAAGGCCUUUUCGAGGGAACAGGCCGCUUGUUCUUUGAGUUUUACCGCCUGCUGCACGAAGCUCGGCCGAAAACAGGUGACAUGCGUCCAUUCUACUGGCUGUUUGAGAACGUGGUGGCGAUGGGAGUCAGCGACAAACGGGACAUCUCCCGCUUUCUAGAGUGUAACCCGGUGAUGAUCGACGCCAAAGAGGUCUCUGCUGCCCACCGCGCUCGCUAUUUCUGGGGAAACCUGCCAGGCAUGUCCAGACCUCUUACAGCCAUGACGAAUGACCGGCUGGACCUACAAGACUGUCUUGAGCAUGGGCGCACAGCCAAGUUUGAGAAGUUGCGUACGAUAACGACACGCUCCAACUCUGUGAAGCAGGGGAAAGACGAGCAUUUCCCCGUGUUCAUGGACAGCAAGGAGGACAUCCUCUGGUGCACCGAGAUGGAAAGGGUCUUUGGUUUCCCCGUCCACUACACCGACGUGUCCAACAUGAGUCGUCUCGCCAGGCAAAGGCUGCUGGGUCGCUCCUGGAGCGUCCCCGUCAUCAGGCACCUCUUCGCCCCGCUCAAGGAGUACUUUGCCUGCAACUAGUCAUGCACCAACUCUCUCUCUCUCUCUCUCUCUCUCUCUCUCUCUCUCUCUAUCUGAGACACACACACACAUACAGUAUGUAAUGAAAAACACACAGUAUAGAGAUAGUACAUUAAGGUUGUCUGACACAGGAUGACCGGACACACACACACACACACCAACACACUUUAAAGGACUGCUUUCAUAUAUAUCAUGUAGAUCAUGGAAUAACCUUAGUCCCCAGGUGCUACCUUGCCGAGUUACACACACACACACACACACACAUUAUAGACCUGUUACAGGAAGGUUGACCCAGAAUGACCAGACACACACACACACACACACAGACAAACACACAGUAUCAUGUAGAUCUCAUGGAUACCACUGGCUAACCUUAGUCCCCAGGUGCUACCUUGUGUGCUUGCCGAGUUACGCACACACACACACACUUGUGCAGGGAUUCUGUACUGUGCUUCACUAAUAACUUCCUGUGCGAGCUUGAAACUGAUGUCUUCUGGCUUUACUGUGUCAUGGCAGCUGGAAUUCAACCUUCAGGGGGGCAAAGCUUACAAAAGAGCCCUAACUCUGUUUCCAACAACGCAGAUUCAAAACAGUUCCAAAACAUACAAAUACUGUAUUGAUGUGUAGUGACAGUGCGGUUAUUGAACUGGGUACUACAGUGCAAUGAACACAAACAUACAAACACAGACAACAGUUUUGGGCCAUGGUGCUGGUCAGGCAGUGGUAGAGUUCACAUGGUGCCGCUUUACUACAACACUUUUUGGUGCUCAUGGAGACUGGCCGGCCUCUGGUUUUAUUCCGUCUCACAGUUUUGUGUCUCUAAUUUAGCUAACAAGCAGGAGGAAGCAACACUAAAGUGAGAAUGAUUAAGUUCUAUAUAUUUGUCAAAUUUAGUCCAAGGGUGCCACGGAGUUUAAAAAAAAACUAAAUAUGGUCACAUAGACACGUAUUUAGUGAUGAUAUUGUAAUUUGUGCAGUGUUCUCGGUGAAAAAGAUGCUCUGGAUCUACAAAUAAUUAACAAAACCUAAGACAGAUGUUUGUGUGGCAAAAAAAUAUCAAAAAAAUGUAUUGAUCUUCUCCUUAGGGGGACAACUUCUGCCUUUCCCAUAUAUGAAAUACUGAAAUGAAAGACGGAUUGCCACAGAAGUUAUUUUUUAUGUUUGAAAGCAAUUAUUUACAAAAAACCUUUAACUUUAUAUAAUAAUACCGAUUGGCAUGUACCCUCCAUAUUAGGCUUUUUAAAGUAACGUCAAAGCCGAGGUUGUACUAUAAACCUCUGUAAAUGCACAUCGUCCGUGUUUGAGCGCCCUCUGGUGGUCAGAGGCCACUACAAAGAGAGUUGACAGCAAAGGCACACACUCAUGAUGGGGAGUAAAACAAUCAGUUCGCAGUCACUGGGUUACAACAACAGGCUUUUAUACUUAAUACCUAUUAAUACUUAAUACCUAUGAGUGCCAGCAUUAAGUUGUGUGUUAAAAGUGUGUUAUGUCUUUUUUUUGUAAUAUUUUAGGCAGUGAUUGUAUAUUAGCUGAUGCUUUGGUGAAUAUGGUGCAGUAUUCUGCACACUGGUAGCAUUUAACACACUAGCAUGUGUGUAAGCGUACUGUUGUAUUGCAUUGGUUACUGUUCACUGUUGCUCAAAUGAUGUUGUUCAUUGUUUUCAUAGAGCCACAUUUAAAGAAUACUGUAAGUAACUGUAGUAAUCAUGUCUGAUCGCAGCUGUCAACUGGGGUUACUUUGGCCUUUGAGGUUGGAUAUUAUAUUUCUUAUUUACAUACUGUUAGUCCAGGUGAACACAUCUAGAUGGUAGAUGUCAGAAUACUGUAACAAACCUACUCAAUGGGAUGGUGUCUUUAAUGAACAGAACACUGUUGUAUCAUGCUGAUGUCGUAUACGGAGGGUAGUCUGUGUUCAGAUAAGCAGUUAUACUGUGAAAUGAUGACAGAAGGCUUUCUAUGUAGUCUGGUUUGUUUUUACCCAUCACGAGGGUAGCUUUGCUCUGCUUGCUAUGCAGCAAAGCCGGCGAUGCGCUUGUUCCUUUGGUUACCAUAGUAGAAAAGAUGCUGAUGCUUGUUGAAGGAUUUUCUUUCAGUGUGUAAUCCAUACAAAAACAGGACUUACAACCCAACAACUUUAAAAUGAUCCAGUGAGGUUAUUUGUGCCUCCAGAGCCGCUCUGCCUCUGAGAAGCAUUCAACUAAAGAUCUAUGUACCUUUUUAGGGAGCUCAGAGUCAGUGGGGUGUUUUGGUUGGUAAAAGAGAGAAAACGAGUCCCGGUCUUCCGGCUCCUGCUUAGCUUCUUAAGGAUCCAAGAUUUCCUCCCGCUAUCGCAGUGACGUCCACUGAAGCCAGAGGCCGACCUGUACUCAGGAUGCUGGUUUUCUACUUCCUACGACUGAAACAGACUGCCCUGUGUAAAUAACCGUUUGCCCAAUGCAUGCUGGGAUAAACUCUGUGAUCUUGAAUAGGAAUAAGCAAAUGGCUUGUCGUGAUAUAGAAAUGUUUCAAAGACACUCUCAUACAGACACAUAGUGUGUGUGUCCCUUUAUUCUGGUGUCUUAUUUACACAGGGCUGUCUUCAGAGAUCUCAUUCAGUCUGGUGCUUUUGGACUUCAGGUGACCAUCUUUUUCCAGGAAGCCUUCCGAUCCUCUGACCUUCCUCAGAUACCAGUUAACAACUGGACACAUGCAGUCUAUGCUGACACACACAGACACACACGCACGCACAAACAGUUACAAAAACCAACGAUAAACCAGCAGGUUCAACGUUUUUCUCCAUCAUGUUUACUCUUUGUUUAUACAACCAACCUCCAGGUGCUUUUUAAACUCUUAUACUCUUUUUUACAGUGAUGCAGGUCACACACACACACACACACACACUCAUUUGCUGGAAACACAGUGCCGACGUUCACACGUUCUUCACGCAACUCCAUUAGCUAGAAAACAUCAACACACGCAUACACACUGUGUUUGUGCCACGGCGCCGCCGGGUGUGACAUCAUCAUCCGGCGUUGCUUGGUGCUCCCAACCCCCCCCCCCCUCGCCCCCAACCCGGUGCUGCAUGUCAGUCAGUCAGUCAGUGUAAUCUCCGAUUCCAUGUUAGUUAGGGAGUAAUGAUAAUAAUAAUCAUGGUAAUAAUAAUUACAAUAAUAAUCUGUUAUUGUGUGUGUGUACUGUUCCAGGUUGGUGCUCAGUUCAGUUCAGUUCAGUCUCAGCCUGGAGGGGAGCGAGUGAGGCUGAGAAAGCAUAUAUUACAGUUAGUAUAGUGACUUGUUCUGUUGUACCCGAGGAUGCCGGAGGGAAUAGUUGAACCGACGAGCGACCGGACACUCUCAAACCAGAGCGCGUUGAAAUACCGCAAAACGACAGAUUGUCAACGAAUAACUUGAAAUGAUAUCUUAAUUUCUCGAGAAGAGAGCUUCUGCUUCGGGGAAAAAUAUGAGAAUGUUUCCAUGUUAAAGAAAGUCUGAAAGUCUAAUAAACAAAAUCGCGUCCACAUUUUAAUAUUUCUUCAAACUGAGAAGGGCAAAUCUUCUUGGGGGUUUAUUUGCAGACGUGGCUGACGGACAACAAUGAAAUAGCCAUCACAGGGAUUAAGAACCUUCCUAGGGAUGAUUUCAUCAUAUCUAUCAAAAAAAGGUGUUAUUUAUAUUUUUCUUUUUCAAAUAUUGAAUACGCUGACCUCCUGUGGUCUUAUAAAAAUCCCCCUAAUGGAGAUAAAGCAAAACGAACCAUAACCAUAACCUUAAGGAACCAUUUUUCAUCCUAUUAUGUUUACCUCUGCUUACUGCUAAUUAGAUGUUUGGAAAACACAAAAGGCUUUCUCCUACUUGAAUGAUAAUUUGUGUAUAUAAGUAUCUACUAUAUACAUAGCAACAUAUUCAAGGUGUGACAAGGGGUCACAACAAGCUGUUUCUCUGUUCUCAUGGGCUCAAAAGGUCCAGAAAGUCAAAGCGAAAGACUCAGCUCAUUUUGCGUGAUUUCAACAUCUGUUUGAGAGUGCCGGCGGACGAGAGCAAGAGUAUUGGAGUCGAUAAUUUGAAACCAUGUGUGACACGGGGAUGAUGUUUCUGUUCGCCUAUUGACAGCUUUUAGGCUGAAUGACGCGCUGUUUUUUUAAGACUGAUACAUUUACAAACAUUUACAUAAAUCAAACACACACACAUACACACACUGUUAUUAACACAUAGAUGCAGAGAUGACACGCAGAACACCUACACACACAAUGCUGAGGCGCAUGCAGACACUCAUCUCGCAGACUAAAGGAAAGAUGUGCUUUUAAGAGAAGGAGGACCUGGUGGUGUUUCAAAAGGUGCUAAAAUUUUAUCUGAAAAUAAGAAAAAUAUAUUGUUAGGAGUAUAAAUCAAGUUUGUCUUUACAAUGACUGUAUUUAAGUUUGUCGUAGUAAUGAAAAGGCACUAUUAUUAUUUUACUCUUGUAUGAAUAUGAACUAAUUAAAAAGGCAUUUUAACUUUGUACUUGAACAAUGUAAGAAAUACCGUAAAUAAAAAAAGGACUGUUUCUUGUGA